CUUAUUUCUUAUAACACGACUGGUAUAUUAGAAUUUUAUAAAGACUAUUGCGUCCCCUUGUGGAGUAUUGGUCUCACCUAUUCAACUUUGACCUGCAAGAUGGCUGAAGAUGGUUAGAAAGGCACUGCAAUCAGGUUUUUGAGCAAUUUACGUGCAAUUUUCAUUCUAUUUGGACAAAUUGGUAACAUAUUAUUUACAGAUAGCUGCUGAAGAUGGCCUCAAUUAUCAUUCUGGCUAAAAAUAUACACCGGACACCAUUGUUCUAUACUGGUUUACGAAGGCAAACGUGGUCGAUGUCGGCUUGUCAGUUGCAGUUGGUCAAGCAACAACAACAUCCACACAUGUCAAGAUGUUUACAACAAUAUUCCAUUCGCUGGACAAGCACUAGAAAAGAACCGAAGAAGAGUUUGGUCGAAUUAGUUGAGUCAGAACUAGAAGAGAGUUUUCAGCGCGGUUGGGGGCCCGGAGGACAGGCAACCAACAAGACCAACAACUGUGUACUGCUGAAGCACGUUCCGACUGGCAUAGUAGUGAAGUGCCAUCAGACCAGGUCCUUGGAUGAAAACAGGAAAUUAGCCAGACAGCACUUGAGGGAGAAACUGGAUCUACAUGUGAAGGGAGAGGAGAGUGUGCUGGUCAAGGAGAAGAAAGAACUUGCCAUCAAGAAAAGAGAGAAACGAAAAAAGGCCAACAAGAACUUGGAGAAGAAAAAGGCCUUCAAGCAACUCCUGCAAGAAUGUGAUGAUGAUGUGUAAACAGAACUAAAAUGUGCACAAGGAUACAGAAAUGAUGAAACAGACUUACAGUCACAUGCAGUUGUGAACAACUAAAAGUCAAUGAAAUAAGAUUAUCAUGAUGAUGUACUAAACUAAGUACUAGUAGUCCUAUUGUCCUAAGUAUGUUUUGAAGCUCUGCAGAAUACCAAGUCAUGAUAUAACUUUUUUUAGAUGCGGUGUAACAACUGUGGUCAAAGACUACAGUUGUUUGACUGUAGUCUUAUAUAUAUAUAU